AUGCAUCUGAACGCAUCUAAAACGAAAACCCUAGUGCUGUCUCGUUCUCCUGCCCGUUACUCUCCUCAGAUUAAUGGAGAAGCAGUGAGGCAGAUGGAGAAGUUCAAGAAACUCGAGGUCGUGUUUAUUAGUGAUGGAAAAUUUCAGAUCGACGGGCGGAUUGGAGUAGCCAAUGGUGUUCUGCACGAACUAGCCCCAACUAUUGUGACUAAGGCAGAGAUGAGUCUCAAGACUAAGCUCUCGGUUUUCAAGUCGAUAUUCAUCCCCAUCUACGGUCAUGAGUCGUGGACGACGACUGUAAACCUUCGAUUCCGAGUACAAGCGACUGAAAUGGGCUUCCUGAGAGGAAUAACAGGCAUUACGCGUCUCGAUAUGGUCCGGAAUACAGACAUCCGCGAGAUCCUUGGUGUACAGCCGUUGUCUCUUCAGAUUGAGAACUCACAGCUGCAAUGGUUUGGGCAUGUGUUGCGAAUGCCUCCAGAAAUGAAGCCGAAGUAA